AUGAGCAGGCAGCAGUUCUUCCGCAUGCUCCCCCGCGUUCCUUCCACACAGCACCUCCCCGCGGACAAAGUGCGGCUCGACAUACUCUUUAGUAGACACAGGCCACUGACCUAUCCAGUCUCCCAGAACCCUCUGAUCCGCCGCCGGCCGGCCCUACUGUCAUUUCUCGCUGAUCCCGCAGAGAGCACGAAGCGCGACGACGGCAGCCGCGGCAACACGAGCGCUAGGGGAUAG